AAAACUGUUCUAAUUUCGAUCAAUGAGUGGAUCACCAGUGUUUCUGAUUAUCGGCUGAACUGUUUACCUAUCCCCACGCGCAGCAAUUGGACAUUGAGAUGCUGAAACGCGAUCUGCAAAAAAUCACACUCAAGCUGUCCGAUCUCAAGGACUACGAGAUUGCCCGCCAGAAGAACAAGUGCAAGGGCGCCCCGCCAUCCAGGCUAUCCCAGGACGCCCUCACCGGAGACGAUGCCUCCACUUCGGGGACAACGGGCAGCUGCAGUUCCAACACGGAGACGGCCACGGAAUCUGCUUCGGGAUCGGGAUUGGGAUCGCGAUUGGUAUCGGGAUCUGGAUCGGGAUCGGGAUCUGGGUCCGGAUCGUACAUUACGGGAAUGGGCUACCGUUCGGAGACACCCUCCUCCGCAUCGUACACCACAUCGACGACCCCGACUCCGGCCACUCAGGAGGAGGUACUGCGGCCCUCGUCCGCCGUCACGGCCACCACCACCACCGGGACCACGAAUUCCGGCUCCACGGAUGAUGUAAGCGUGGCGGCCGUGGUGGAUGAAACGGAUACCAUUGACGAAAUCAGCGACGACAACUGGGUGGACCUGAAUGCGGACACCGACGAUACCGCUGACACCCACCAGGAGGAGCAGGAGCAGCUGCCGGUGGCGGAGGAGGAGGACGGGGCUAGGGGAGGAGCCUAGUCCUGACCACUUAUCGCGGUAUGAAAGCAUAGCGCAGCAGCUGCACUCGAAGCCCCCGUUUCACAUUCCAUUUAUCAUCACAUUUUGUAUACGCAACCAAGUAUAAUAACCCAUUGCAUGCUCCACUUA